AUGGGCACCACCACCACCACAGGCACCACCACCACUCCUACUACCACGUUGCACCACGGAAACCACCACCACCACAGGAACAACCACCACUCCAACUACCACUGCCAGUUGCACCACGGAAACCACCACCACCACAGGAACAACCACCACUCCAACUACCACUGCCAGUAUCGCAGCACGGGAACCACCACCACCACAGGAACCACCACCACUCCGACUACCACCGCCAGUAGCACCACGGUAACCACCACCACAUCAGAGACCACCACCACUCCGACUCCCACUGCCAGUAGCACCACGGGAACCACCACGACCACAGGAACCACCACCACUCUGACUCCCACUGCCAGUAGCACCACGGGAACCACCACCUCCACCGGAAGCACCACCACUCUGACUCCCACUGCCAGUAGCACCACGGUAACCCCCACUGCCAGUAGCACCACGGGAACCACCACCACCACAGGAACCACCACCACUCCUACUACCACGGCCAGUAGCACCGCAGAAACCACCAGCACCACCACCACAGGAACCACCCACCACGGAACCACCACCACUCCGACCCCCACGGCCAGUAGCACCACGGGAACCACCACCACCACAGGAACAAACACCACUCCUACCACCACGGCCAGUAGCACCGCAGAAAACACCAGCACCACCACCACAGGAACCACCACCACUCUGACUCCCACUGCCAGUAGCAGCACGGAAACCACCACCACCACAGGAACAACCACCACUCCGACUACCACUGCCAGUAGCACCACGGUAAACACCACCACAUCAGGAACAACCAUCACUCCGACUCCCACUGCCAGUAGCACCACUGAAACCACCAGCCCCACCACCACAGGAACCACCACCACUUCAACUCCCACUGCCAGUAGCACCACAGAAACCACCAGCACCACCGGAACACCACGAAGCACCACGGGAACCGCGACCACCACCAGAACCGCCACAACCCUGACCUCCACUGCCAGUAGCACGACAGGAACUGCCACCACUGGAAACGCCACCACCACGACCUCCACCUCCAGUAGCACCAUGGGAACCGCCACCACCCCGACCACCACCGCCAGUAGCACCACCGGAACCACCACCACCGCCAUGAGCCCUACUGCCAGUGGCACCACAGGAACCGCCAUGACCACUGGAACCGCCACAACCCUGACCUCCACCCACCAUAGGAACUGCCACCACCGGAAACGCCACCACCACGACCCCCACCUCCACACCAAGGGAACCGCCACCACCAGAAACGCCACCACCACUACACCAACCACCAGUAGCACCACGGGAACCGACACCACCCCGACCACGACGGCCAGUAGCACCACCGGAACCACCACCACCGCCAUGAUCCCGACUGCCAGUAGCACCACAGGAACCACCAUGACCACUGGAACCGCCACAACCCUGACCUCCACCGACCACAGGAACUGCCACCACCGGAAACGCCACCACCACGACCCCUACCUCCAACGUACCACGGAAACCGCCACCACCAUCGAAACCGCCACAACCCUGACCUCCACCGCCAGUAGCACCACGGGAACUGCCACCACCGGAAACGCCACCACCACGACCCCCACCUCCAGAAGCACCACGGGAACCGCGACCACCACCAGAACCGCCACAACCCUGACCUCCACUGCCAGUAGCACGACAGGAACUGCCACCACUGGAAACGCCACCACCACGACCUCCACCUCCAGUAGCACCAUGGGAACCGCCACCACCCCGACCACCACCGCCAGUAGCACCACCGGAACCACCACCACCGCCAUGAGCCCUACUGCCAGUGGCACCACAGGAACCGCCAUGACCACUGGAACCGCCACAACCCUGACCUCCACCCACUACGCGAACCGCCACCACCAUCGGAACCGCCACAACCUGGACCUCCACCGCCAGUAG